AUGUCUGUUGACCUGAAUAGAGCAGAGGACACCUGCGACAAAAACCGCCUCAGCCUCCAGAACCAUGGCUUCAAGAGCACGACGAGUCCGCCUGCUGGAAGUUGCCACGACCAGCCAGGGGUGAUGACAACUGACCAGAGCGAAAAGCAAUCCACACGCCAACGAGACAUCUCCAUCUUGGCCCAACAGAGUGCCAACUUGACACCGGCAGAGCGCGAAUCUCAUGUCUCGUUCCCUGAUGGCGGAUUUCAGGCGUGGCUGGUUGUAUUUGGCUCAUUCUGCGCCCAAGGCGCCGUCUUCGGCCUCAUCAACACGGCGGCCGUGUUUGAGUCGUACUUCAAGGCGCACCAGCUGAAAGACUAUAGCAACUCCCAGAUUGGUUGGAUCUUCAGCCUCUUUUUUCUCGCAGCCUAUCAUCAGAUCAUGUUGACCUAUUCUGUUCUCGGCGGCCUUGGAGGCGCUAUGCUCAAUGCCCCUGCGUAUGGCGCCAUUGCGCAUUUCUUCGACGUUCGCCGUGGACUGGCAACGGGGCUCGCCACAACGGCGGGCGGCGUCGGCGGCAUCAUCUUUCCAUUGUUGCUUCAAUUUUUGCUCGGUGACGGAGGCGUAGGCUUUGGCUGGAGUUGCCGUAUCUUGGGCUUCAUUCUCCUCGGGCUCUGCGCUCUUGCAAACAUCUUCAUCCGCACCCGUCUUCCACCCCAGAUUAAUGGAACUGAUGGCGAAGCCGGUAAGAAAAGGAACUCUGUGUGGCCAGAUUUUACUAUUUUCCAGGACAAGAGAUAUGCUCUCUCAGCGCUGGGCAUCUUCUUCAUGGAAUUCGGGCUCUUUGUGCCGCUGACCUACAUCGUCUCAUACGCAAUGGCACACGGAUUCGACACUUCGGAAAGCUUCACGGUUCUGUCUCUCCUCAACGCAGGCUCCGUCUUUGGUAGGUUCCUGCCGGGGUUCUUGGCAGACAAGAUUGGGCGAUUCAACGUCAUCAUCUUGGCAAUCUCUCUGUGUGUUGCCACCGUGCUGGGGCUGUGGCUGCCGUCUGGUUCCUCGAGAGCCACCGUCACUGCCUUCUGCGUCAUGUUUGGCUUCGCAAGCGGGAGCAACCUUGGCCUCGCUCCUGUUUGUAUUGGCCAAUUUUGUGCUCCGCAAGAGUAUGGGCGGUACUUGGGUACGGCGCAGAUGCUCGCAAGCUUUGGCACCUUGACGAGUGUGCCCAUCGGAGGUGCCUUGCUCGGCGGCGGCCAACAGAGCAGCGGCUGGUUGGGCCUCAUUCUAUUUUCUGGCUUGUCCUACGUCGUUGCCUUGGGCUGCUACGCAUCUGCGCGCGUUCUCGCCACCGGAUGGCACCCAUGGGUAAAGUUUUGA